CUCUUUCUAGACUACUAAACACUGAGUAGAUGACUUUCACUACCUAACCAAAAACAAUAAUAAAACAGACAAAGAAGGGUAGCUACCAAAGGCUUCAACAAAGAAAAAUAAUGAAGCCACCUCUCUCAUCUUCUCCAUUUUCCUCCUCAAUUCUCAGAAAACUUCGUCUUUCUACUUUUCUGAUCUUGAUAUUAUUAUCCUUCAUUGUUCUUGUGACUAUUCUGUACAGUGAAGAAUUCAGCUGCAUUUUUAGCCAACGACAAAGUGCUAGUAUCUCCAGAAGUAUAAAAAAGAACAAGAAAUUACCAUUUGUCAUAGGAGAGACAAAAGAAGGAUGUGAUUUGUUUAGUGGGAGAUGGGUUUGGGAUGAGAAAAGGCCUUUGUAUGAAGAAUCAGAGUGUCCUUAUAUACAGCCACAAUUGACUUGUCAAGAACAUGGCAGGCCAGAUAAAGAUUAUCAGCAUUGGAGAUGGCAACCUCAUGGUUGCUCACUUCCUAGUUUCAAUGCAACAUUAAUGCUGGAAACACUUCGAGGGAAGAGAAUGUUAUUCGUGGGCGAUUCCUUGAACAGAGGACAAUAUGUUUCCAUGGUUUGUCUUGUCCAUAGACUUAUUCCUGAGAAUGCUAAAUCCAUGAAAACUGUUGGUAAUUUCGACAUUUUCACCAUUAAGGAUUACAAUGCAACAAUUGAGUUCUACUGGGCACCAUUUCUGCUGGAAUCAAAUUCUGACGAUGCAGUCAAACAUAGAAUUGAAAAAAGAGUUGUUCGAAAAGGUUCAAUAAACGUACAUGGGAAACAUUGGAAAGGGGCUGACAUAGUUGUGUUCAAUACUUACCUUUGGUGGAUGAGGGGCCCCAAUUUUAAUAUUAUGCAAGGGUCUUUUGAUGAUGAAGUGAGAGAUAUAGUGGAAGUAUCCACAGAGGAUGCAUAUCGCAUGGCAAUGAAGAGUAUGUUGAGAUGGAUUAAAAAGAAUAUGGAUCCAAAGAAAACUAGAGUCUUCUUCACUAGCAUGUCACCAACUCAUCAAAAGAGCAUAGAGUGGGGAGGUGAACUCAAUCAGAACUGUUAUAAUGAAACAAAAAUGAUAGAGGAUCCAAAUUACUGGGGAUCAGAUAGUAAAAAAAACAUAAUGCAAGUGAUUGGAGAAGCUUUCAGUAAAUCAAAAGUGCCAAUCUCAUUUCUCAACAUUACACAGCUUUCAAGUUAUAGAAAAGAUGCACACACAACAAUUUACAAGAAGCAGUGGAAUAAGUUAACCCCACAACAACUAGCAAAUCCAUUCAGCUAUGCUGAUUGUGUUCAUUGGUGCUUGCCUGGUCUUCAAGAUACUUGGAAUGAGCUUUUAUUCACAAAACUUUUUUAUCCUUGACAUUUUUAUAUAUGGAUAAUUAAAGAUUUAAGUAUCAUAUUAUAUAUUUUUUCCAAUUGUUAUCUUCGAUUGUCGGAUAGAGUAAGAAAAUAACUAAAGAGACACAAGAUUUUUUUUUUUUGGGUUUCCCAUCCAGUGUCCGGUAUCCGUGCGCAUUGGAGCCUCGCUAAAAUCUGAAUUUGCGCCGCAUAGGGCUCAUUUGAGGAAAGCGCUCCCAACCAAGAAUUUUUCCGUAAGAGUUCGAGCCCGAGACCUAUGGUUAAGGGAGGAGCAACCCCAUUCACGGCACUACAUCCUUUGGCGGUACAAGUACUUGCUAUAGGUGAAGGACUAUUCAAGGAAAAGAAUUUGUGUUAAUCUUUUUUACCCAAAAUUGGGACUCAGAAAUUGUAUACAAUUAUUUCUCUCUUAAUCUAAUUCAAUUCAAAGCCCCAUAUGCAUAAAUGUACUUAUCUUUGGAUUCUUUAUUUUAUAUUUUAUUUUUAUUAAGUUCAACUAAUUUUCUUGUGAA